GCUCGGCUUACUCCUCCUCGGUGGAAAGGGAGGUCACGUGUCGGGGGCGUGGACUGAAGUGACGACCUCUUCGGUCACAUGAUAGUGGCGCGGGCCGGAGUUAUACGGUUGCUUGGGGCGGGGGGCCCAAGGAGUGUGGCUGACAAUGAGUUUUCUUGGAAAUUUGUUUGGUCCCAUAUGUGAGAUUGAUGUUGUUCUGAAUGAUGCUGAAUCACGAAAAACAGCUGAAAUCAAAACAGAAGAUAACAAAAUAGAAAAACAUUACUUGUUCUAUGAUGGAGAAUCAGUUUCAGGAAAGGUAAACAUAGUCUUUAAACAACAUGGAAAGAGGUUAGAGCAUCAAGGAAUACGAAUUGAAUUCGUAGGGCAAAUUGAACUUUUCAAUGACAAGAGCAAUACUCAUGAAUUUGUAAACUUAGUGAAAGAGCUGGCCUUACCUGGUGAAUUAACACAAAGUAGAAGCUAUGACUUUGAAUUUAUGCAAGUUGAGAAACCAUAUGAAUCCUACAUUGGUGCCAAUGUUAGAUUGAGGUAUUUCCUUAAAGUGACGAUAGUAAGAAGAUUGUCAGAUUUGAUCAAAGAAUACGAUCUUAUUGUUCACCAGCUUGCAACAUAUCCAGAUGUUAACAACUCUAUUAAAAUGGAAGUUGGCAUUGAAGAUUGUCUACAUAUAGAAUUUGAAUAUAAUAAAUCCAAGUAUCACUUAAAGGAUGUGAUUGUUGGAAAAAUCUACUUCCUCUUAGUAAGAAUAAAAAUUCAACAUAUGGAAUUACAGCUGAUAAAAAAAGAAAUAACUGGAAUUGGACCCAGUACAACAACAGAAACGGAAACUAUAGCAAAAUAUGAAAUAAUGGAUGGUGCACCAGUUAAAGGUGAAUCUAUUCCCAUAAGACUCUUUUUGGCUGGCUAUGAUCCUACUCCCACAAUGAGAGAUGUAAACAAAAAAUUUUCUGUAAGAUACUUCUUGAACCUGGUGCUCGUAGAUGAAGAAGACAGACGAUACUUCAAGCAGCAGGAAAUCAUUCUCUGGAGAAAAGCUCCUGAGAAACUGAGGAAACAAAGAACCAACUUCCAUCAGCGGUUUGAAAGUCCAGAGCCACAGGCAUCUGCAGAACAGCCUGAAAUAUGAACUGGAUCUAUGGGAUGAAAAACUGGUAUAUCGGUAGAUCAGCAAAUUAAAAGUGGCAACAGCCUGUAGGAAAGAAAGGCCAAACACCCAUUACAACAGUCUUCCUCAUCUUACAGUGCUGCAUUUCCACGCUACUAAAGCAUUCUUCAAGUAAAUAUUCAGUUCUGUACAUAAAUUUAAAGUAAGUGCUUUCUGAAACACUGGAACUUUCUUAAGCUAUUUUAUACUGCACAUUUUAUUUUUAUCUGGUGUGAUGCAGUCAGAGCUGCAUAAAGCUUAAAGAAGUCUAGUUAUGUGUUUCCAUGCAUGUAGUAUGGUGCAUCUAAAUUUUGCUUUCAUUGAUGGUAAACUAAAGCAUUUCCUCUUUCUAUAUCCAACUACAUAUCAUACAUAUUUCCUCAAUGUCUGCUGUCUGUAACAUUGGAGACUUAAUAAAAAAAAUUGUCUUAAAAUGACAAAUUCAGGUUUUAUAAUGAUACUGUUGUCUUUACCCCAGGGAAGUAGAUAAUAUAUAUAAAAUACAAUGUAUUUGGAAUAGAUCUGAGAGCAUAUUACCGUUUUCAGAAUUUUUUGAGGAAUGUGUACAAACAAACUUCUUUCAGAAUUAGCUUUUCAAGACAAGUGGCUGCAUUCUUUUUUCUUCCCCUUAGCAUACUCAUUCCAAUGACUCUAUGAUCAGAUUCCAAUUCACUUCAAGAUUUAUAUGAACUGGGCUAAAAUACAGAAUUCUCUCAUUAAACCCCAGUUUGGUUAAGGGUGCAUGUAUAUGAUAAAACGUUUUAAGAUAAUUUUUACUAAUUUACACUCUUGAAUACUGGAUCAUUUGCACAAAAUUUUAUUUUUGCAUCAAAUACAUACUUUUCACUGUCCACCCCAAAUGUAGAAUAUCAUAUUCCUUUUCCAUGCUGAGCUUCUGUGAUGAAAUGUGGGCUUGUACAAAAAUAUAUAGAGGAAAAAACAUUAGCUUUUCCGAAAAUGGUAUUCUUGUGCAGCAAAAGAUUGAUUUAUUUUUUAUAAUUCAUUCUGGAAUAUAGUAUCUCUGGGCAAAUCUUGUUAGCCUCCAUUUGUCCACAAUUAACUAAUUUUCAGAACCACACUGCCUGUCUAGCACCCUAUGUUGAAUAGAAGGCUACUCACAUUUACAAUUCACUUGGCCUAUUUAUCAAAAACGUUUCUAAACUUCAGUGCAAGUAUUGUUGGUUAUCUUACUGUGUGAAGUAAGCAAAAUUACUAAAUUAUAUUUAGAAAAGAAUUGUUUUAUUACUGUGGCACCUUGAUAAAGCCAAGAAUACUCUGCGUGCUGGGACAUUUCUCUUAUUCUUAAAGCCUGUGAUAGAGAGAGCUUGAUUCCCUCAUGUAAGUGCCUAUUCAGAAUUUCAAAAGAAAAAAGCCAAAUAUUUUCAUGGACACUUGCAUGUUGCAAUCUAGAAACUAUCCCAAGAAAUUUUGAAAAUGAAUUGUAUUUAACCAGCCUCAAGUUGUGCAACAAUGUAUAAUAGACAUAAUAAAUUGCUAUUUGAAUUAUUAAAAAUAACUGUAUUCUCA